AUGCCGAAUGUCGCCGCCCAGGCCCAUACGAGGUCCCCAAUUCUGAACGUCAAUCCUUCAAGCGGCAGAAACAGCGAGAAGACCCAGCCUCGACUGAAUCAUGUGGGGUCGCCGAUUGUGCCAGAAAAUAUCAUGUUCGAAAAAGCGGAGUAUGAAACGCGGUCACAAGCAACUGGUAUCACACCGGAAAAAGCAACCACCGGAGUAAUACCUGUAACUCGUGGGCGUGUUAGCUCCAAUACUACGACCUUCCAGAUUCCGAAUGCGCGCCUGAGCAAAAGACACUCUCCGAACUUGAUUGUGGAUGCUGCUGAAACUUGCUAA